AAAUGUAUAAUCCGAGCAGCAAAUGAGAAUAUACUAAAAAAGAAAGUUCUAAGAAAAGCUAAUAACAGAAAGAAGAAAGACAAUAAGAGAAGAACAGAGUUGCAUCAAAACACAAUUACUCUAAGCAAAAUUCCGAGAAAACUUAGAAAAAGUUUAAACCAAAACUCUUCUAAUCUUGACCUAGAUAGUAUUAACAGAGAUUUUGAAAAAAUUAAUUUAUCUCAUCAGACAAAUAUACCAUGA